CGGAUAUAGGCCUACUGUCACUAUCGCUCCACGCGCAUUGUAUUUAAAAAAAUAACUAACACACUAUCGCUCCUUGUUCUAUCUGUGCCGCUACUUUAGCUAAGUCUAAAGUCAACGUAAGUAGCUAUUGUAGGCUAACUACACUAUUGGUCAUUUUAAAAAGUAAUUGUAUCGUCGUGGACAUCGGUGAUUUCCUAGCACUUUUAACUGAUGUUUCUUUUAACAAUCCAGUAAUACUACAUUCGAAAAAGUACGUAAAAAUGUAGCAUGUACAAUGGACGGUCACGUCUCAUUUCACAUGAUGGAGGGUAAUUAUGCCACGUUCAGAACAACUGGGAACUCGGAAAAAGACGAGGUCAAAUCAUGACGUAAGUGAUCUUCAGGUCGGAAAGUCUGAGCUCUAAUUCCGAGUUGGAUGACCGUUCAAAUCGCUUGGAAGUCCGAGAUUUCCGAGUUCCCAGUGGUUUUGAACCCGGCAUUACUUGCGUCAAGUCUGGUUAAGACAGUUUACUCGAUUUCCUGUCACAGUGGACUCAUGCUGCCUUCAUAACCAAAUGGAAAGGUGGUAAUUACCAGUUGUACAGUCGUCAAAAUAUUUGAGAAUGACACAAGUAUUGGUCUUCACAAAGUUCGCUGCUUCAGUGUUAUGAGAUAUUUUUGUCAGAUGUUACUAUGUUAUACUGAAGUAUAAUUACAAGCAUUCCAUAAGUGUCAAAGGCUUUUAUUGACAAUUACAUUACGUUUAUGCAAAGAGUCAAUAUUUGCAGUGUUGACCCUUCUUUUUCAAGACCUCUGCAAUCCGCCCUGGCAUGCUGUCAAUUAACUUCUGGGCCACAUCCUGACUGAUGGCAGCCCAUUCUUGCAUAAUCAAUGCUUGGAGUUUGUCAGAAUUUGUGAGUUUUUGUUUGUCCACCCACCUCUUGAGGAUCGACCACAAGUUUUCUCAAUGGGAUUAAGGUCUGGGGAGUUUCCUGGCCAUGGACCCAAAAUGUCGAUGUUUUGUUCCCCGAGCCACUUAGUUAUCACUUUUGCUUUAUGGCAAGGUGCUCCAUCAUGCUGGAAAAGGCAUUGGUCGUCACCAAACUGUUCUUGGAUGGUUGGGAGAAGUUGCUCUCGGAAGAUGUGUUGGUACCAUUCUUUAUUCAUGGCUGUGUCCUUAGGCAAAAUUGUGAGUGAGCCCACUCCCUUGGCUGAGAGCAACCACCACAUGAAUGGUCUCAGGAUGCUUUACUGUUGGCAUGACACAGGACUGAUGGUAGCGCUCACCUUGUCUUCUCCGGACAAGGUGUUUCUGGAUGCCCCAAACAAUCGGAAAGGGAUUCAUCAGAGAAAAUGACUUGACCCCAGUCCUCAGCAGUCCAAUCCCUGUACCUUUUGCAGAAUAUCAGUAUGUCCCUGAUGUUUUUCCUGGAGAGAAGUGGCUUCUUUGCUGCCCUUCUUGACACCAGGCCAUCCUCCAAAAGUCUUCGCCUCACUGUGCGUGCAGAUGCACUCACACCUGCCUGCUGCCAUUCCUGAGAAAGCGCUGCACUGGUGGUGCCCCGAUCCCGCAGCUGAAUCAACUUUAGGAGAUGUCCUGGCGCUUGCUGGACUUUCUUGGGCGCUCUGACGCCUUCUUCACAACAAUUGAACCUCUCUCCUUGAAGUUCUUGAUGAUCCGAUAAAUGGUUGAUUUAGGUGCAAUCUUACUAGCAGCAAUAUCCUUGCCUGUGAAGCCCUUUUUGUGCAAAGCAAUGAUGGCGGCACGUGUUUCCUUGCAGGUAACCAUGGUUAACAGAGGAAGAACAAUGAUUUCAAGCACCACCCUCAUUUUAAAGCUUCCAGUCUGUUAUUCUAACUCAAUCAGCAUGACAGCGUGAUCUCCAGCCUUGUCCUCGUCAACAAUCUCACCUGUGUUAACGAGAGAAUCACUAACAUGAUGGCAGCUGGUCCUUUUGUGGCCGGGCUGAAAUGCAGUGGAAAUGUUUUUUUGGGAUUAAGUUCAUUUUCAUGGCAAAGAGGGACUUUGCAAUUCAUUGCAAUUCAUCUGAUCACUCUUCAUGACAUUCUAGAGUAUAUGCAAAUUGCCAUCAUCAAAACUGAGGCAGCAGACUUUGUGAAAAUUAGUAUUUGUGUCAUUCUCAAAACUUUUGACCCCAACUGUAAAGUCCUAUAUACCAGUUGGAUGCAUUCACGUGUUUUGAACUCGUUGACCAACGCUGAUUGGCUAAUGGACAACAAGCUGCUUCAACCAUCAACUAAAAGUACAGCUAUCAUGCUUGUAAAUACAUUUUAACCAUAUGAAUAGAUUACUUUUUAUCAAUAAUGUUUUGUUGCAUUUAACUGCGGUAAAUGCUGUUAUCGAGGUAAUUUCCCUAGUAGGUGAUGUCAGGUCAGCAUGUGGGAGAAGUCGGAGUUUAGGGAUGGAUGAUGCCCCGCUCAAAACAACUGGGAACUCGGAAAUCUCUGACUUUCGGCUUCAAUGCGUUCAACACCAGGGAACUCGUGGAAAAAACAAGCUCCGACUGCAAGCUCCGACUGGGAAAAAUAGUUUUGAACGGUCAUCCAACUCAGAAUUCCAACUCAGGAACUCUGUCUCUUUCUAAUGCUCCGACUUUCCGACCUGAAGAUCCCAGUUGCCUUGAAUGCACCAUGAGUUUCCCACUAGUAAUUACAAGUUGGAGAGGCUUUCAAGUAGAUUUUUCCCAGUCAUAUGUAGUAAAUACCACCUUCCCACAUGGUAAUGAAUGCAGGAUUAGUUGUGUAUGACUAUACCGGGCUAUAUAUUGCAUUUGAGUCAUUCAGGGUUGUGCUUUUUCCAUUAAAGAUUAACAUUUAUUUUUCCCAUAAAAAGAGGGGAGCAUGACUCAACAUCAAUCAAUCCAAUGUAUUUUAUAAAGCCUGUUUUUUUUACAAACAUAGCAGAGUGAAGGUGGUUUUGAACCGUAGACUACCAUGUUUGCAAUGCUGGUGGUAUGUUUAAUUUGUCAAGGUACAGUGUGGUACAGUGUACCUAUUUUUUAAAAGUGUAUGUAGAGAGAGGGUUUGUGAAGUGGAACAUUGAACAUCGAUGAUGAUGUGACUGGUCUUUGUAUUUGCAGUGCUGAUGGAGGCCCCACUGCCCCCCCGUGAGUCUGGCCGGUUCGUGGUAGAGCAUAGUCGGGAUGUGUUUGUGGAGGAGGAGGGUGUGCGGAGGGUAGCAGAGAUGCUCUACUCCCUGCGGAAGAGCGAGGAGCUCACAGCCAGUGGGUGGAAGAAGGCCAACCCCCUGGCCCCCUCCCCAACCUCCGACCACGCCCUGAACUGGGUGUUUGUAGUCGACACGAUGAACUUCUCCUUCUGGCCCGAACGGGAGGACCAGCAGUGUGAGGUGACGUACCGCGGGACCACCUACCGCGGUUACAUGACCCUCUGUGCUGCCAUCACCAGAGCAAUGGAAGAGGGUAGGGUUGGGCGGUAUCCAGAUUUUCAUACUGUUUCUGUACCAUACGGUAUUACUGGAAGUACACACACGGGGCGCUAUAUCAUUUUUUAUUUUAUUUAUUUUAAUUUUUAUGCACAAAACAUUUUAGGCAACAGGGAUCUUGAUCCAGGAGGGGAUUGAAUGUCUCUGCUAUAACCAAGAAGCUUGAUCUUUACAUCUAGCCACUUAGCUAGCAAGUUAGCAAACCAAAUGCAUAGCUGGAGCCCUGAGCUGGAUAUAAUUUAUUUGACACUUCUUAGAUUUCUUAUAGUUAUACUUAACUUAUAGCUAUAGGCAGUGGCGUAGCACGCAACCCCCCCAAAUAACAACAAAUUAAACGGUUUUGAAGAUAUUGGUAUUUCGAAAUACCGCAGUAUACGGUAGAAACGGUAUAUCGCCCAAGCCUAGAAGAGGGUGAGCGCUACAGUCCUAUACAGUGGGGAAAAAAAGUAUUUAGUCAGCCACCAAUUGUGCAAGUUCUCCCACUUAAAAAGAUGAGAGGCCUGUAAUUUUCAUCAUAGGUACACGUCAACUAUGACAAAGAAAAAAAAAUCUAGAAAAUCACAUUGUAGGAUUUUUAAUGAAUUUAUUUGCAAAUUAUGGUGGAAAAUAAGUAUUUGGUCAAUAACAAAAGUUUCUCAAUACUUUGUUAUAUACCCUUUGUUGGCAAUGACACAGGUCAAACGUUUUCUGUAAGUCUUCACAAGGUUUUCACACACUGUUGCUGGUAUUUUGGCCCAUUCCUCCAUGCAGAUCUCCUCUAGAGCAGUGAUGUUUUGGGGCUGUCGCUGGGCAACACGGACUUUCAACUCCCUCCAAAGAUUUUCUAUGGGGUUGAGAUCUGGAGACUGGCUAGGCCACUCCAGGACCUUGAAAUGCUUCUUACGAAGCCACUCCUUCGUUGCCCGGGCGGUGUGUUUGGGAUCAUUGUCAUGCUGAAAGACCCAGCCACGUUUCAUCUUCACUGCCCUUGCUGAUGGAAGGAGGUUUUCACUCAAAAUCUCACGAUACAUGGCCCCAUUCAUUCUUUCCUUUACACGGAUCAGUCAUCCUGGUCCCUUUGCAGAAAACCCCAAAGCAUGAUGUUUCCACCCCCAUGCUUCACAGUAGGUAUGGUGUUCUUUGGAUGCAACUCAGCAUUCUUUGUCCUCCAAACACGACGAGUUCAGUUUUUACCAAAAAGUUCUAUUUUGGUUUCAUCUGACCAUAUGACAUUCUCCCAAUCCUCUUCUGGAUCAUCCAAAUGCACUCUAGAAAACUUCAGACGGGCCUGGACAUGUACUGGCUUAAGCAGGGGGACACGUCUGGCACUGCAGGAUUUGAGUCCCUGGCGGCGUAGUGUGUUACUGAUGGUAGGCUUUGUUACUUUGGUCCCAGCUCUCUGCAGGUCAUUCACUAGGUCCCCCCGUGUGGUUCUGGGAUUUUUGCUCACCGUUCUUGUGAUCAUUUUGACCCCACGGGGUGAGAUCUUGCGUGGAGCCCCAGAUCGAGGGAGAUUAUCAGUGGUCUUGUAUGUCUUCCAUUUCCUAAUAAUUGCUCCCACAGUUGAUUUCUUCAAACCAAGCUGCUUACCUAUUGCAAAUUCAGUCUUUCCAGCCUGGUGCAGGUCUACAAUUUUGUUUCUGGUGUCCUUUGACAGCUCUUUGGUCUUGGCCAUAGUGGAGUUUGGAGUGUGACUGUUUAAGGUUGUGGACAGGUGUCUUUUAUACUGAUAACAAGUUCAAACAGGUGCCAUUAAUACAGGUAACGAGUGGAGGACAGAGGAGCCUCUUAAAGAAGAAGUUACAGGUCUGUGAGAGCCAGAAAUAUUGCUUGUUUGUAGGUGACCAAAUACUUAUUUUCCACCAUAAUUUGCAAAUAAAUUCAUUAAAAAUCCUACAAUGUUAUUUUCAGGAUUUUUUUUUCUCAUUUUGUCUUUCAUAGUUGACGUGUACCUAUGAUGAAAAUUACAGGCCCCUCUCAUCUUUUUAAGUGGGAGAACUUGCACAAUUGGUGGCUGACUAAAUACUAUUUUUCCCCACUGUAUCUGUUCUAUCUAGGGCUGCCUGUCCUCUCAUACACACACUGCUCUGUGCUGUUUGCUUGUACAUUGCUUUCGUUUGCAGAAUGCAUGCAUGAUAAAACCUUGGAAGUAAAUUACACUCUUGCCUGUUCUAAGAAUUACUGUUCAGUCUUCUUAACACAUUUUCAGUAACAUUUCCAAUGACCUAUCGUCCAUCUGAACGCAGCUAAUCAAGAUGCCAUGCCCUCUAUAGGUAUUCCCAUCACAGAACCGUCCUAUUUCUCCCAGAUGAGUGUUGAGGAGUUGGGCCGUGUCUUGCGCUCUGAUAACGACACGCCCAUGCCCAUGCUUGAGGAGCGUCACCGGGUCCUCACAGAGGGGGGACGCGUGCUCCUGCAGCAUGGAGGAAGCUUCCGGAGCUUCAUAAGCCCAGCCGGUAGCGAUGCGCAGAAGAUGGUGGAGCUCAUCGUAGACAACCUGCCCUCAUACAGGGACGAGGCCACAUACAAGGUCAUACACAAAACCCAAACUCUUCACCAUAACGUAGGGUGAAUUUGGAAUAAGUGGGACACUUUUUGCAUUUCUGUCUUCUGUAACCUAUCUAACAUAUUAGCCCAUGAUACAUUUCUGAAAUCCUCAAGAUGUUUCCUAAUCACACAAACAUUUUAUUUUAUUUUAAAUUUUAGUAAUUUAGCAGAUGCUCUUAUCCAGAGCGACUUACAGUUAGUGCAUUCAUCUUAAAAUAGCUAGGUGGGACAACCACAUAUCACAGGCAUAGAAAAUACAGGCAUAGAAAAUAUAUCUUACCUCAAUAAUGUAGCAAUGAGUAGUCAGCGCUAGAAGUGUGUGUGUGUGUGUGUGUGUGUGUGUGGGUGGGGUGGGGUGGUCAAGUGCAAGUUUUUGUAUGUUUUUUAAUGGUGGUGGGGAUUGAGGUGAGGAGGAGGAUUAUUUAAGAUACUGUUUGAAGAUGUAGGGUUUCAGAUGUUUUGGGAAGAUGGGCAGGGACUCUUCUGUCCUAGCUUCAGGGGGAUGCUGGUUCCACCAUUGGGGUGCCAGGAAAGAGAAGAGCUUGGACUGGGCUGAGUGGGAACUGCCCUCCCGUAGGGGUAGGAGGGCCAAGAGACCUGAGGUGACUGAAUGGAGUGCUCGGGUUGGGGUGUAGGUUUUGAGCAUAGCCUGAAGGUAGGGAUUUUUAUAUCAUAUUCACAGGAGGCAUGACACUCAUUUGUGUACACUGAGUCAAAACCAUAUUUUUUGUUUGCAUUUGGUCGACUGGGACAGCAGGUUAGAUAAACUGGGACACCAUUAUUAUAGUCCUAAUUGGACCCCAAUGACAAUUACAUUUUGUGUGAUAAGGAACAUCUGAGGAUUUCAGAAAUAUAUCAUGUGUUGGGCUAAUAUGUUAGAUAGAUGUCUGAAGAGGUUACAAAAAGUGUCCCACUUUUUCUGAAUUCACUCAAAUAACUGUGCUAAUAAGAUUACUACAAGAAAAAAUUAACAGUAUAUAGUACUACAAUAACCAGAGUCCCGCCUAACCUAAGUACAGGAGUCCCUACUGGAUCUCUUUCCUCCAUUGGAAAAGGCUAUAAGACUGUCCCACUUUAGCUAUUCCAUGAUGUCCUACUUUAGCUAGCUAUGGUUGGUAAAGCGGGACAACUAAAAAAAUCACUGAAUUACAAAAUUGAAACAUAAUAUUGGCAACUUUUUAAUGUAUUUUGAUGCACCAGUACAUAGUAUACACAUUUACAUCACAAUUUGGCUCAGUGCAUUAUUUAUGACCGUUUUAUAACCUUAACAUCAAAACAGAAAAAAAGUUAUGUCACUGAUCUUAACUUGUGCUUCACGGGUGAGCUUCCUGUUUGAAGCUUGCACUGCCUCCCUCUUUGAUGUCACACCAAUAAAGUGAUGUGAUGUUGAUCUUGUGGUUUCUCUGCAAGGGCUUAUUAACCAAGAAAUAAACGCGUCAGGAUUAAGCUGUCCCAGUUCAUAGGAUGUCCCACUCAUUCCGAAUUCACCUUAUGUGUAGAGAGUAAGAGCACAAAUGUGCCUCAGAUGCGGUAAGAGUAAUGUGGAAAUGGUGCCAUGUGGAAGCAAGGGUUAAAAACAUGUUUCAGUUACAACACUUUUCAGUUACACACAAUACAGUAUGUUAUCUAUGCUAUACAUUCAUUACCAUACUUUUGAUUAUACAGUGGAAUAUAGACAUUUUACGUUUGACUAAACUUUACACACAGUGACAGAAAUAAGGCAAAGUGUAACCUCAGAGCUCCCCCUUCUGGCCAAAUAUAGGGGUGCAGACCCUACUUCAGCUCUCUUGAGGUAAUUGUAUAUAAUUUAUAUAUACAGUCUAUGGGUAAUUGAGCUCCAGCUAUGAGUCAUCGUUGUAGUGGAAUUAAGAAAUAGCAAGUGAUUCCACAUCGGUUACACACAUGUAUAUAAACAGUAUAUGUACAGUACGAGUCAAAAGUUUGGACACACUUCCUCUUUGAACGUUUUUUCUUUAUUUUUACUAUUUUCUACAUUGUAGAAUAAUAGUGAAGAUGUCAAAACUAUGAAAUAACACACCUGGAAUCAUGUAGUAACCAAAAAAGUGUUAAAGAAAUCAAAAUAUAUUUUAGAUCUUAGAUUCUUCAAAGUAGCAACCCUUUUCCCUUGAUGACAGCUUUGCACACUCUUGGCAUUGUCUCAACCAGCUUCAUGAGGAAUGCUUUUCCAACAGUCUUGAAGGAGUUCCCACAUGCUGAGCACUUGAUGGCUGCUUUUCCUUCACUCUGCAGUCCAACUCAUCCCAAACCAUCUCAAUUGGGUUGAGGUCGGGUGAUUGUGGAGGCCAGGUCAUCUGAUGCAGCACUCCAUCACUCUCCUUGGUCAAAUAGCCUUACACAGCCUGGAGGUGUGUUUUGGCUCAUUGUCCUGUUGGAAAAACAAAUGAUAGUCCCACUAAGCGAAAACCAGAUGCGAUGGCUUAUCGCUGCAGAAUGCUGUGGUAGCCAUGCUGGUUAAGUGUGCCUUGAAUUCUAAAUUAAUCACAGACAGUGUCACCAGCAAAGCACCAUCACACCUCCAUGCUUCACGGUGGGAACCACACAUGCGGAGAUCAUCCGUUCGUUCACCUACUCUGCGUCUCACAAAGGCACGGCGGUUGGAACCAAAAAUCUCAUAUUUGGACUCAUCAGACCAAUGGACAGAUUUCUUUCCGAUCUAAUGUCCAUUGCUCGUGUUUAUUGGCCCAAGCAAGUCUCUUCUUCUUAUUGGUGUCCUUUAGUAGUGGUUUCUUUGCAGCAAUUCGACCAUGAAGGCCUGAUUCACACGGUCUCCUCUGAACAGUUGAUGUUGAGAUGUGUCUGUAUUUGUUAUUUAAAAAAAUAUUUUUGUAAGUUUUUAUUUAUUUAUUUAUUUUACUCCUGAACUUCCUCUACCCUCAACCUCUCUGAUCAUUUUCAUGAUGUCCAUCUGGUUUGCUUCUAUAUGCCAUAUCUUUCUAACCGUGCUCUUUCACAAAAGCUCUCAACCAAUAACUUACAGUUGAAGUCGGAAGUUUACAUACACCUUAGCCAAAUACAUUUACACUCCCGAGUGGCGCAGUGGUCUAAGGCACUGCAUCUCAGUGCUUGAGGCGUCACUACAGACCCCCUGGUUCGAUUCCAGGCUGUAUCACAACCGGCCGUGAUUGGGAGUCCCAUAGGACGGCGCACAACUGGCCCAGCGUCAUCCGGGUUUGGCCGGUGUAGGCCGUCAUUGUAAAUAAGAAUUUGUUCUUAACUGACUUGCCUAGUUAAAUAAAGGUAAAAUAAAAAAAUGUAAACUCAGUUUUUCACAAUUCCUGACAUUUAAUCCUAGUAAAGAUUCCCUGUCUUAGGUCAGUUAGGAUCACCACUUUAUUUUAAGAAUGUGAAAUGUCAGAAUAAUAGUAAAGAGUGAUUUAUUUCAGCUUGUAUUUAUUUCAUCACAUUCCCAGUGGGUCAGAAGUUUACAUACACUAAAUUAGUACUUGGUAGCAUUGCCUUUAAAUUGUUUAACUUGGGUCAAAUGUUUCGGGUAGCCUUCCACAAGCUUCCCACAAUAAGUUGGGUGAAUUUUGGCCCAUUCCUCCUGACAGUGCUGGUGUAACUGAGUCAGGUUUGUAGGCCUCCUGGCUUGCACACGCUUUUUCAGUUCUGCCCACAAAUGUUCUAUAUGAUUGAGGUCAGGGUUUGUGAUGGCCACUCCAAUACCCUGACUUUGUUGUCCUUAAGCCAUUUUGCCACAACUUUGGAAGUAUGCUUGGGGUCAUUGUCCAUUUGGAAGACCCAUUUGCGACCAAGCUUUAACUUCCUGACUGAUGUCUUGAGAUGUUGCUUCAAUAUAUCCACAUAAUUUUCCUUCCUCAUGAUGCCAUCUAUUUUGUGAAGUGCACCAGUCCCUCCUGCAGCAAAGCACCCCCACAGCAUGAUGCUGCCACCCCCGUUCUUCACGGUUGGGUUGGUGUUCUUCGGCUUGCAAGAACCCCCUUUUUCCUCCAAACAUAACGAUGGUCAUUAUGGCCUAACAGUUCUAUUUUUGUUUCAUCAGAUCAGAGGACAUUUCUCCAAAAAGUACGAUCUUUGUCCCCAUGUGCAGUCGCAAACCGUAGGCGGUUUUGGAGUAGUGGCAUCUUCCUUGCUGAGCGGCCUUUCAGGUUAUGUCGAUAUAGGACUAGUUUUACUGUGGAUAUAGAUACAUUUGUACCUGUUUCCUCCAGCAUCUUCACAAGGUCCUUUGCUGUCGUUCUAGGAUUGAUUUGCACUUUUUGCACCAAAGUAUGUUCAUCUCUAGGAGACAGAACGCGUCUCCUUCCUGAGCGGUAUGACGGCUGCGUGGUCCCAUGGUGUUUAUACUUGCGUACUAUUGUUUGUACAGAUGAACGUGGUACCUUCAGGCAUUUGGAAAUUGCUCCCAAGGAUGAACCAGACUUUUGGAGGUCUACCAUUUUUUUUCUGGCUGAUUUCUUUUGAUUUUCCCAUGAUGUCAAGCAAAGAGGCAGUGAGUUUGAAGGUAGGCCUUGAAAUACAUCCAAAGGUACACCUCCAAUUGACUCAAAUUGUCAAUUAGCCUAUCAGAAGCUUCUAAAGCCAUGAUGUCAUUUUCUGGAAUUUUCCAAGCUGUUUAAAGGCACUGUCAACUUAGUGUAUGUAAACUUCUGACCCACUGGAAUUGUGAUACAGUGAAAUAAUCUGUCUGUAAACAAUUGUUGGAAAGAUUAGUUGUGUAAUGCACAAAGUAGAUGUCCUAACCGACUUGCCAAAACUAUAGUUUGUUAACAAGAAAUUUGUGGAGUGGUUGAAAAACUAGUUUUAAUGACUCCAACCUAAGUGUAUGUAAACUUCCGACUUCAACUGUAUAUACUUAUUAUGGACACAGUAUGCUUUACAUUAGUUAUCUUGUUGUUAUUAGUUGUUGUUAUUAGUCCCAUCCUUCAGCUCCAUUCAACACCUCCCAUCUAUCUCUUAACACCAUCCAUAUUGGAUUUUUAUUUGCCAUAUAUUUUUCAACUGUGAUGUUUCACCAAAGUUCUGAACCCUUCUAUUCUCAUUGUUUCUACAGAUUGUAAAUUGAAAAUAAACAUUUUUGCUAAAAGUAUUAUUAUAUUAUUGAUCGAUUGACUAUGACUUUUCAGACCACCCAGUAGUGCUAUCUGCAGGAUUAGCUCCAGGUAAAUAUUGCAAUCCUUCAGCCAUUCCUGGAGAUGUGUCUGUUACUUGAACUCUGUGAAGCAUUUAUUUGGGCUGCAAUCUGAGGUGCAAUUAACUCUAAUGAAUUUAUCCUCGGCAGCAGAGGUAACUCUGGGUCUUCUUUUCCUGUGGCGGGCCUCAUGAGAGCAUGUUUCAUCAUAGCGCUUGAUGGUUUUUGCGACUGCACUUGAAGAAACAUUCAAAGUUCUUCAAAUUUUCCGUAUUGACUGACCUUAAUUUCUUAAAGUAAUGAUGGACUGUCGUUUCUCUUUGCUUAUUUGAGCUGUUCUUGCCAUAAUAUGGACUUGGUCUUUUACCAAAUAGGGCUAUCUUCUGUAUACCCCCUUACCUUGUCACAACACAACUGAUUGGCUCAAACUCAUUAAGAAGGAAAUAAAUUACACAAAUAAACUUUUAACAAGGCACACCUGUUAAUUGAAAUGCAUUCCAGGUGACUACCUCAUGAAGCUGGUUGAGAGAAUGCCAAGAGUGUGCAAAGCUGUCAUCAAGGCAAAUGGUGGCUAUUUGAAGAAUCUCAAAUAUAAAAUAUAUUUUGAUUUGUUUAACACUUUUUUGGUUACUACAUUAUUCCAUAUGUGUUAUUUCAUAGUUUUGAUGUCUUCACUAUUAUUCUACAAUGUAGAAAAUAGUAAAAAUAAAGAAAAACCCUGGAAUGAGUUGAUGUGUCCAAACUUUUAACCGGUACUGUAUGUCUAUGGCUCUGUCGUAGCCGGCCGCGACCGGGAGACCCAUGGGGUGGCGCACAAUUGGCCCAGCGUUGUCCAGGGUAGGGGAGGGAAUGGCCGGCAGGGAUGUAGCUCAGUUGGUAGAGCAUGGCGUUUGCAACGCCAGGGUUGUGGGUUCGUUUCCCACGGGGGGCCAGUAUGAAAAAAUAAAAAAUAAUGUAUGCACUCACUAACUGUAAGUCGCUCUGGAUAAGAGCGUCUGCUAAAUGACUAAAAAUGUAAAAAAUUUAAAUGAAUUGUCUAUCUGUCUACCUCAGGGAAAGAGGAUUUCACUAUACAAGAGAGCUCAGAUUCUGGUGGCUGAUUUUUGGGGCAUCAUGGAGGCCAGGGUCGAGGGGGACAUCCCAAACCUGGACUUCCUCACCAUGUUUGCUGACUACAGAGUACCACAGGCCCUGGUCCACCUGGGUGCACUGCGCUACUCAGACACCCUGAUGGAGACAUUGAGGAACGGUUAGUCUUUUCUCCCCUCUAUGCUGUGCGUGUUUGUGUGUUGGAGCCUCCUUUGACCCUCCUCUCUCUCUCAGGUGAGUUGCUCAGCUCAGGCGACAGGAGAGAGGUGGAGAUUCGUGGCUGCUCUAUCUGGUGUGUGGAGAGGAUCAAGGCACACUUGUGGAGUCUGGUUGAAGAGCGAGAUGGCCAAAGCUGCAAUAUCAACUCUGCCAUCAUCGACUUUUAUCUCUGGCCUUAUGCCAAACAGCACCAUAAAGAGAUGGCCCACAUUCCCAUACACCACACACGUUGCAUAUAUUACUGACAGGCCUACACAGAGAAACUGACUAUUUUUGUGAUUUAAAAACAUUGGAAAAUCAAAAUGAUGUCCUGUCCUUAUUGUUUCACUUUAUGCAAAGAACUGCGGCUUUGGAUCUCUGGCUGAGGAUGACCAUACUAAGAAUAAAAUAUAGCC